AAGUAAGUAGCCUCAGCGUGCAGAGUAUAAAAUGCAGAAACCCUAAAUUCCCAAAUUCCAAAUCGGCUAAGUGUAAGAGCUUCGGCGGCAAUCUCGAUCCUCUUCCUCUCACAAAUCACCUCCUCUGCGAAAAACAAAAAAAAUGUCUUUGGUGGCUAACGAGGAAUUCCAGCACAUCUUGCGUGUGCUAAACACCAACGUUGAUGGGAAGCAAAACAUCAUGUUCGCUCUUACCUCAAUCAAGGGUAUUGGUAGGCGAUUCGCUAACAUCGUGUGCAAAAAAGCCGAUGUCGACAUGAACAAGAGAGCUGGUGAAUUGAGUGCUGCUGAGUUGGAUAAUCUUAUGACUGUGGUUGCCAACCCUAGGCAAUUCAAGAUCCCAGAUUGGUUUUUGAAUAGGAAGAAGGACUACAAGGAUGGGAAGUAUUCUCAGGUGGUGUCAAAUGCACUGGAUAUGAAGUUGAGGGAUGAUUUGGAGCGAUUGAAGAAAAUCAGAAACCACCGUGGUUUGAGGCACUACUGGGGUCUUCGUGUUCGUGGCCAGCAUACUAAAACUACUGGUCGCAGGGGGAAAACUGUUGGUGUCUCUAAGAAGCGUUAAGCUUUUAUCUUUUUGCUUGGAGAAUAUAUGUUGUUGGGGAAGAAAAAUUUGAAUUACGAAAGGCAAGUUUUGCCAUUAUUUGUUUUGGUUGUUUAGUACUUUCAAGAUUUCAUAUUUUUGUUAUUUGCUUUACUUUGUGAUCAGUCGCAUGCUGGAAUUCUGAGUUGUAGAGACUUUACGUAGGAUUGUUGAAAUUACGUAUGCACCUUGUUUAGAAAAGGAAAAAUGCUACUUUCACAAAGCAAUGGGUGUGAUGUUGAUAAUUUCUUGAUAUAUCUGUAAUGGUGUUAAU